AGCAAAGAAUGAAGCCAAAAACGAUGCCCUGUCGAUGAUAAUCAAAUCUUUGAAGAACCUGGCAUCUCGAGUACCAGGACAAGAGGAAACAGUGAAGAAUUUAGAGAUAUUUAGGUUAAAAAUGAUUCUUAGGUUAUUGCAGAUUUCAUCUUUUAAUGGGAAAAUGAAUGCACUAAAUGAAGUAAACAAGGUGAUUUCGAGUGUUUCCUACUACACACAUCGUCAUGGCAAUCCUGAAGAGGAAGAGUGGUUGACGGCAGAACGCAUGGCGGAAUGGAUUCAGCAGAACAACAUUUUGUCUAUUGUGCUGCGAGACAGCCUUCAUCAGCCACAGUAUGUGGAGAAACUGGAGAAGAUCCUGCGAUUGUCAUCAAAGAAAAAGCCCUAACGCUUCAGGACUUGGAUAACAUCUGGGCUGCUCAGGCUGGGAAACAUGAGGCUAUUGUCAAGAAUGUUCAUGAUCUCCUUGCAAAGCUGGCGUGGGAUUUCUCACCUGAACAGCUGGACCAUCUCUUCGACUGCUUCAAGGAAAGUUGGACUAAUGCGAGUAAAAAGCAAAGGGAGAAGUUACUGGAAUUGAUUCGUCGACUGGCGGAAGAUGACAAGGAUGGUGUGAUGGCUCACAAAGUGCUCAACCUCCUAUGGAAUCUGGCCCAUAGUGAUGAUGUUCCUGUGGAUAUCAUGGACCAGGCUCUUAGUGCUCAUAUCAAGAUUUUGGACUAUAGCUGCUCCCAGGACAGGGACACACAAAAGAUGCAGUGGAUAGACCGAUUCAUAGAAGAAUUAAGAACUAAUGACAAAUGGGUUAUUCCUGCGCUGAAGCAAAUAAGGGAGAUCUGUAGCCUUUUUGGAGAAGCCCCACAGAAUUUAAGUCAAACCCAGCGGAGCCCACAUGUCUUCUAUCGACAUGAUCUAAUCAACCAACUACAGCAUAACCAUGCACUGGUUACUCUUGUAGCAGAGAACCUGUCUGCAUACAUGGAGAAUAUGAGGCAGUUCUCAAAAGAGCACACCGACUUUGAUCCUCAGACAGUUCGGCCAGGAAGUCGAUAUAGUCAUGUUCAAGAGGUCCAGGAGCGGCUUAAUUUCUUAAGGUUUUUGCUGAAGGAUGGGCAGCUCUGGCUGUGCGCUCCCCAGGCUAAGCAGAUCUGGAAGUGCCUGGCAGAAAAUGCCGUGUUCUUGUGUGAUCGGGAGGCCUGCUUCAAAUGGUACUCCAAACUGAUGGGGGAUGAACCCGACCUUGACCCUGACAUCAACAAGGACUUCUUUGAGAACAAUGUGCUGCAACUCGACCCCUCACUGCUGACGGAGAACGGGAUGAAAUGCUUUGAGCGAUUUUUCAAGGCUGUCAAUUGCAGGGAGGGCAAACUGGUUGCAAAACGGCGGGCGUAUAUGAUGGAUGACUUGGAGCUUAUAGGGCUGGAUUACCUGUGGAGGGUUGUGAUUCAAGGAAGCGAUGAUAUUGCUAGUCGAGCAAUUGACUUGCUUAAAGAGAUUUAUACAAACCUUGGACCAAAAUUGCAAGCCAAUCAGGUUGAGAUACAUGAGGAUUUUAUUCAAUCUUGCUUUGACCGGCUCAAAGCCUCCUAUGACACUCUGUGUGUGCUGGACGGAGAUAAAGACAGCAUUAACUGCGCCAGGCAGGAAGCCAUUCGCAUGGUGAGAGUACUGACUGUGCUCAGGGAGUAUAUAACAGAGUGUGACAGCGACUACCAUGAGGAAAGGACCAUCCUGCCCAUGUCUAGGGCUUUCAGAGGAAAGCAUAUCACACUAGUUGUGCGUUUUCCAAACCAAGGCCGACAGGUUGAUGAUCUGGACAUUUGGUCGCAUACCAAUGACACCAUUGGUUCUGUGCGACGCUGCAUCCUAAACCGGAUAAAGGCAAACAGCACACACACAAAGAUUGAACUCUUCAUCGGAGGAGAGAUCAUUGACCCAGCAGAUGACAGGAAGCUAAUUGGGCAGCUAAACCUCAAGGACAAAACACUCAUCACAGCCAAGCUCACCCAGGUCAGCGCCAACAUGCCUUCCAGUCCAGACAGCUCCUCAGACUCCUCCACUGGUUCCCCUGGGAAUCAUGGCAAUCACUACAGUGAUGGGCCAAACCCUGAAGUAGAGGGCUGUCUUCCUGGCGUGAUAAUGUCUCUACACGUGCGCUACAUCUCCUUCCUUUGGCAAGUUGCGGACCUGGGCUGUAAUCUCAACAUGCCUCUCCUACGGGAUGGCGCUCGUGUCCUAAUGAAGCUCAUGCCUCCAGAUAAUGCCACAGUGGAAAACCUGCGAGCCAUCUGUCUGGAUCAUGCCAAACUUGGUGAAAACAGCCUUAGCCCCACGUUGGACUCGCGCUUCUUUGGGCCGUCACCGUCUCAAGUGCUUUACCUGAUAGAGGUGGUGUAUGCAUUGCUCAUGCCUGCCAGUGGGACGUUGGGUGAGGAUGCUAGCGACUUCCAAUACAACUUCUUGAAGAGUGGUGGCCUGCCCCUGGUUUUGAGCAUGCUCACCAGAAAUAACUUCCUGCCAAAUGCUGACAUGGAGACCCGGCGGGGAGCUUAUCUCAACGCACUUAAAAUAGCCAAACUGCUGCUUACAGCUGUAGGCUUUGGCCAUGUGAAGUCUGUAGCGGAGGCCUGCCAGCCUGUGGUGGAGGGGACUAUCCCUGUGUCGCCUAUCAACCAGACCACACAUGACCAGGCUCUAGUGCUCCAGAACGCCUUGCAGAAUAUCCCCAACCCCUCUGCCGAGUGCAUGCUGCGCAAUGUGGCCAUCCGCCUCGCCCAGCAGAUCUCAGAUGAGAAUUUCUUCCAGGCCUCCAAAUACAUCCCAGAUAUCUGUGUAAUUCGAGCAGUUCAGAAGAUAGUCUGGGCUUCUGGUUGUGGUUCGGUUCAGCAUGUCUUCAGUUCUAAUGAGGAGAUCAGCAAGAUCUACGAGAAGACCAAUGCUGGCAAUGAGCCGGAUGCAGAAGAUGAGCAGGUGUGCUGUGAAGCUCUGGAGGUCAUGACCCUGUGUUUCGCUCUUAUGCCCACUGCACUAGAUGCACUUAGCAAAGAAAAGGCCUGGCAGACCUUCAUUAUAGAUCUGCUGCUGCACUGCCAGAGCAAGUCUGUUCGUCAAAUGGCUCAAGAGCAGUUUUUCCUCAUGGCCACUCGAUGUUGCAUGGGUCAUAGGCCUCUCCUGUUCUUCAUCACCCUCCUCUUCACAGUUUUAGGUAGCACUGCAAAAGAGCGAGCUAAGCACGCUGCUGAUUACUUCACUCUUCUAAGGCACUUACUCAACUAUGCAUAUAACAGCAACAUAAAUCUUCCGAACGCUGAAGUUCUCUUAAACAAUGAGAUUGACUGGCUAAAGCGCAUCCGGGAUGAAGUGAAAAGGACCGGGGAGCCUGGGGUUGAGGAGACCAUUUUGGAAGGUCAUAUUGGUGUCACCAAAGAGCUACUGGCUUUCCAGACCCCAGAAAAGAAGUUCUACAUUGGCUGUGAAAAAGGAGGUGCUAGUCUCAUCAAGGAGUUAAUGGAUGACUUCCUGUUCCCAGCAUCUAAUGUGUACUUGCAGUAUAUGAAGAGUGGAGAAUUUCCCACUGAGCAGGCCAUACCUGUGUGUAGCACCCCUGCCACCAUUAAUGCUGGCUUUGAGCUUUUGGUUGCACUUGCCAUCGGAUGUGUGCGAAAUCUGAAGCAGAUUGUGGACACGCUAACUGAUAUGUACUAUUUAGGUUGUGAACCACUCACAGAAUGGGAAUAUUUGCCACCAGUUGGUCCUCGGCCCACCAAGGGGUUUGUGGGUCUGAAAAAUGCAGGUGCAACUUGCUACAUGAACUCCGUGAUCCAGCAGCUCUACAUGAUUCCUCCCAUCAGAAACGGCAUCUUGGCCAUUGAAGGCACAGGCAGUGAUGUGGAUGACGAUAUGUCUGGAGACGAGAAGCAAGAUAAUGAGAGCAAUGUGGAUCCUCGUGAUGAGGUGUUUGGCUAUCAGCACCAAUUUGAUGAUAAACCCUCUCUCAGUAAGUCAGAGGACAGGAAGGAAUACAACAUUGGGGUUCUUCGCCAAUUGCAGGUCAUCUUUGGACACUUGGCUUCCUCCAGGUUGCAAUAUUAUGUGCCUAGAGGAUUCUGGAAGCAAUUUCGGCUGUGGGGAGAGCCAGUCAAUCUGAGGGAGCAGCAUGACGCCCUAGAGUUCUUCAACUCACUGGUUGACAGUUUAGAUGAAGCUUUGAAAGCAUUGGGUCACCCUGCCAUGCUGAGCAAAGUGCUGGGCGGCUCUUUCGCUGACCAGAAAAUAUGUCAGGGCUGUCCUCACAGAUAUGAAUGUGAGGAAUCGUUUACGACGUUGAAUGUAGAUAUCAGAAACCAUCAAAAUCUGCUCGAUUCUAUGGAACAGUAUGUGAAAGGGGACUUGCUUGAAGGUGCAAAUGCCUACCACUGUGAAAAAUGCAACAAGAAGGUGGACACAGUGAAGCGUUUACUCAUUAAGAAGCUUCCUCCAGUGCUGGCCAUCCAAUUGAAACGGUUUGAUUAUGACUGGGAACGAGAGUGUGCCAUCAAGUUCAAUGACUACUUUGAGUUUCCACGAGAGUUGGACAUGGAACCCUAUACAGUCGCAGGAGUAGCUAAGCUGGAAGGGUCAGAUGUGCACCCAGAAAACCAGCAGCAGGUGAUCCAGCAGAAUGAGCCGUCAGAGCCGGAGCCGCCCUGCAGCUCUCGCUAUCGUUUGGUGGGAGUGCUGGUCCACUCAGGCCAGGCUAGUGGAGGUCAUUAUUACUCCUACAUCAUUCAGAGGAAUGGCAGCGGCGGGGAGGGAGAAAGAAACCGCUGGUACAAGUUUGAUGAUGGUGACGUCACCGAGUGCAAGAUGGAUGACGAUGAGGAGAUGAAGAACCAAUGCUUUGGAGGAGAGUACAUGGGUGAGGUUUUCGACCACAUGAUGAAGCGCAUGUCUUACAGACGACAGAAACGCUGGUGGAACGCUUAUAUCCUGUUUUAUGAGCGGAUGGACACAUUGGAUAAAGACAGCGAGCUGGUCAAAUACAUCACUGAGCUCACAGUGAGCAGCAAACCUCAUCAGGUGAAGAUGCCCUCUGCUAUCGAACGCAGCGUGCGCAAACAAAAUGUGCAGUUUAUGCACAACCGCAUGCAGUACAGCUUGGAGUACUUCCAAUUCAUCAGGAAACUGCUGACCUGUAACAGUGUCUACUUGAACUCACCGCCAGGUCAAGACCACCUUUUGCCUGAAGCAGAAGAGAUGGCUAUGAUCAGUAUACAGCUCGCUGCUAAAUUUCUCUUCAGUACUGGAUUCCACACCAAGAAAAUAGUCCGUGGACCAGCUAGUGAUUGGUAUGAUGCUCUGUGCAUUUUGCUGAGACACAGUAAGAAUGUGCGUUACUGGUUUGCACACAACGUCCUCUUUGCAUAUCCGAAUCGUUUCUCCGAGUACCUGCUUGAGUGCCCCAGUGCAGAGGUUCGAGGGGCCUUCUCCAAACUCAUCGUAUUCAUUGCACAUUUCUCCCUGCAAGAUGGACCCUGCCCCACACCGAUUGCCUCGCCUGGACCUUCAAGUCAGGGCUGUGAUAAUUUGAGUUUAAGUGAGCACUUGUUCCGUGCUGUGCUUAAUCUUCUUCGAAGGGAAGUGUCUGAACAUGGCCGUCACCUGCAGCAGUACUUUAACCUUUUCGUCAUGUAUGCCAACCUUGGCUUGGCAGAGAAGACGCAGCUUUUGAAGCUUGGGGUACCAGCCACCUUCAUGCUUGUGGCACUGGAUGAGGGUCCGGGCCCUCCAAUUAAGUACCAGUAUGCUGAGCUGGGCAAGCUCUAUACUGUUGUCUCACAGCUAGUUCGCUGCUGUGAUGUGACAUCACGCAUGCAGUCCUCAAUCAAUGGUAACCCUCCAUUGGCCAACCCAUAUGGAGACCCCAACACCACCACUCCCAUCAUGCCUCUGCAGCAGUUGGUGGUGGACAUCCUGUUUGUUCGCACCAGUUAUGUGAAGAAGAUUAUCGAGGACUGCAGUAACUCGGAGGACACUAUCAAACUGCUGAGAUUCUGCUGUUGGGAGAACCCUCAGUUUUCCUCCACUGUGCUUAGUGAACUACUGUGGCAGGUGGCAUAUUCAUACACGUAUGAGUUAAGGCCUUACCUGGACUUGCUCCUUCAAAUCUUGUUUAUUGAGGACUCAUGGCAGACUCACAGAAUCCACAAUGUUCUGAAGGGAAUUCCUGAUGACCGCGAUGGGCUUUUUGACACCAUUCAGCGCUCCAAAAACCACUACCAAAAGAGGGCUUAUCAGUGCAUCAAAUGCAUGGUGGCUCUUUUCAGCAACUGCUCAGUGGCCUAUCAGAUUCUCCAGAGUAAUGGAGAUCUAAAGAGGAAGUGGACCUGGGCAGUGGAGUGGCUCGGUGAUGAGUUGGAACGGAGACCUUACACUGGCAACACUCAGUACACCUACAACAACUGGUCCCCUCCUGUACAGAGCAAUGAAACCUCCAACGGAUACUUUCUGGAGCGCUCACACAGUGCCCGGAUGACCUUAGCCAAGGCCUGUGAGUUGUGCCCAGAAGAGUGUCACUUAACGAAGCACGAGGUGGUUUCUGAAGAGGACGCUGGCCGGAACCCGUCCUCCACACAGCAGCUUUUGCCAGGGGAAGUGACAGGCCCACAACAGCACACCGAGCCUGAUGAGCAGGAGGCCCUCGAUGAGCAGGACCCUUCUCCACCAGAGGACACAUCUCUCUACCCUCACUCUCCAGGCAGCAAGUUUCAACAGCAGAAUAACCUCCCACAUACGCAGCCGUACACUGGCCCCGCCGCACAGCACGUCAACAACCCUCAGCGUCCAGGCCCACGAGCACAAGAGAACUGGGAGCCCCCCGAGGAGACGCCUCAGCCCAGCCAGACUAAAGACUAACAGCACGCUGUCCCACUGUCCUCCAUCUGAGAUCUCCAGCAGGAGUCUCCAGUCCAGAGCAAGACCAGGCCCCUCCAUCCUGCUCCACUCCAGAACAUCCAGCUUCCCUCAAUCUCUAACCCUGGAGCGGAGCAUUAACUGUCAAAAGUCUAACUCGCGGUGGACUCUGCAUAUUGUUUGUAAUAAUAAACCGGGCCUGACGCACUUGUCUCGUGACAGAGGUGUACAUACUAUGUUAAUGUUUUGACUGUUCAAAAGCAACAGCGCGUGUGAUGCUGUUGAGAGACUGCAGAUUUAUCAAAACCAACUGAAAAAAACAAAAAAAAAACUACAAAAAAAAGAUACAAAUACUACGGUGAAAGACAAAAAAAAAAAUCCCUGUUUUAUCCCAUGCUCAGUAGUAAGGUUUGGGCCGUUUGGGUCAUUCUGCUUUUGAUCAUACAUUAUAUUCAUGUCAAAGCUUAACCGGCUGUGGCGCCUCGUGAGCGAGAGUUGGCCAUAGUUUGUGAACGAUGGGACGGUUGGGUGAUGAUCUUGACGUUUCGUUGAUGUGAAUGGGGUGCUGAUGCAACUUUAUUCUGGAAAUUCCUAUUGCCUUUUUUUUCUUUCUUUCUUUUUCUGGUAAUAAUUCAAUAAUUUGAAGACUCCAGCUGACACGCUGUAACAUCUUAGCAUGGCUUCACAUCAAACUAGUAUAGCCGAAGGCAGUUCCGCCAUUAUUAUUUCUUUUUUUGGUCCACAGCAACCUGGAAGAACCUUUCUGUUUGGUCCUCCUUCCUUCCAUACGCUCUUCUAGAUUUGAUGUUUUCGAAGCAAUGUAAGAAAUAAGUGGCUUUACAAUUGCACACGUUUCCUCGGAUAAAUAUUUGGCUGUUGCUUUGUUUGGUGGGAUAAACGCUUAGGUUUUGACGAUAGGAAUUUUAGAACGAGAGAAAAUAUAUGCAACAGUUUCUGCCUGGAGCAUUAGUGGACAGAACUCGUUUGGCUUAUUUGUCUUGACGGUUUCGUCAGACAGAUGAACUCCUGGCAGUUUUAGAUGGCCGCCCGACUUCGUGAUCCCUGUUCACAUUCGUGUAUUCAAAUAGAGGCCUGUUCUGGGGAUUCUUCAUUUAAGGAGAGUGAACAUAAAAGCAGGGUUGUACCAUAAAAUAAAAAAUAACUGCUGGUUAGUCAUGUUGCAACUUCAGUUAGUAAAGUCUCUUGGAUUUAAAGGAGUAAAACAUCGGUAGAUACUGUAUGUAUUUAAUUGGUAACUUGAAUGCUUUUUUUUCCUCGGAUUUUGUUGGAAAAAUACCAAAUACUCCUGCAAAUGAAAAUAUUCUGCCCAUCAUAUAUUUAAAUAUUUUGCUGUUUUAUUUUAUAGAAUUUAUUUUGUUGUAUUUCACUAAAAGAAAAAUAGAAUUUGAUUUAAGAGGAACAUUUUUGUCCUUGUGUUAUUUUUAAAGAUUAUUGACUGUACAGAGUUCUUCGCCCUGUUUUUUGCCGACUUUUGUUUUGGCCAUGAUGUGACGCUGAAUUCUGAAGCCACAGUCACAACGUUGACUUUCACUUUGUGAGGUUUUUGUGCACAGAAAUAUUAGAGAAAAGCAUUGCGCCCUUCGAGAAUAAAGAAAAGAAAUCUGGAAACAA